AUGGAUUCGGACUUGAGGAAGGUUGUGGAGGAACAGAAGGAGGAGAUUGCGCGUCUGAAAAAUGACCUGGCAGCCAGUCAGAUUCGUAUAGCGGAUUUGACCAGUGCGUUGGACAAAUAUCAGAGUGUGUUCUCGCGUCAGACAAACAAAUUGGAUUUGGUCAGUGAUGGUUUGGGUGGAAGCGUUAACUGUCCGCAACAACAGCAACAACUGCAGCCAAGAAAACGUGGCAUCGGAAUAUCUGCAGAGCCGGAAAAUGCCGAGCAGAUAGUGAUGACUGAGCUAAAACGGCAUCCAAAACCUGAUGAGUAA